GCUGCUAAGGCUGGAGGAGCCGGACCGGGCCCGCGGCGGAGGCCGUGGCUGGAACUGGGAAGGUGGAGGGGAGGGACACGGGGGUAAGAUGGCGACGUCAGGGGCGAACGGGCCGGGCUCUUCCACAACCUCAGCGUCCAAUCCACGCAAGUUUAGUGAGAAGAUCGCGCUGCAGAAGCAGCGUCAGGCCGAGGAGACGGCGGCCUUCGAGGAGGUGAUGAUGGACAUCGGCUCCACACGGUUACAGGCCCAAAAACUGCGGCUGGCUUAUACAAGGAGCUCCCAUUAUGGUGGUUCUCUGCCCAAUGUUAACCAGAUUGGCUGUGGCCUGGCUGAGUUCCAGAGCCCCCUCCAUUCACCUUUGGAUUCAUCUCGAAGCACUCGGCACCAUGGGUUGGUGGAACGGGUACAGCGAGACCCCCGCAGAAUGGUGUCCCCACUCCGCCGGUACCCCCGCCACAUUGACAGUUCUCCCUAUAGCCCUGCCUACUUAUCUCCUCCCCCAGAGUCUGGCUGGCGAAGGAUGAUGCCCUGGGGCAACCUCCCAGCAGAGAAGGGGCAGUUGUUUCGGCUGCCAUCUGCACUUAACAGGACGAGCUCUGACUCUGCUCUUCACACAAGUGUGAUGAACCCCAACCCCCAAGACACUUACCCUGGCCCCACACCUCCCAGUGUCCUGCCCAGCCGCCGAGGAGGUUUUCUGGAUGGCGAGAUGGACGCUAAAGUCCCUGCUAUUGAGGAGAACUUGGUAGAUGACAAGCAUUUGCUGAAACCUUGGGAUGCUAAGAAGCUGUCUUCAUCUUCCUCUCGGCCUCGAUCCUGUGAAGUCCCUGGAAUCAAUAUUUUUCCAUCUCCUGACCAGCCUGCCAAUGUGCCUGUCCUCCCGCCUGCCAUGAACACGGGGGGCUCCCUCCCUGACCUCACCAACUUGCACUUUCCCCCUCCGUUGCCCACUCCCCUGGACCCUGAGGAGACAGUCUACCCCAGCCUGAGUGGGGGCAACAGCACCUCCAAUUUGACCCACACGAUGACCCAUUUGGGCAUCAGUGGAGGUCUGGGCUUGGGCCCCAGCUAUGAUGCUCCAGGACUUCACUCACCUCUUAGCCACCCAUCCCUGCAGUCCUCCCUCAGCAAUCCCAACCUCCAGGCUUCCCUAAGCAGUCCUCAACCCCAGCUCCAGGGCUCCCACAGUCACCCGUCACUGCCUGCCUCCUCCUUGGCCCACCAUGCACUGCCCACCACCUCCCUGGGCCACCCGUCACUUAGUGCCCCUGCCCUUUCCUCCUCCUCUUCCUCUUCGUCCACUUCAUCUCCUGUCCUGAGUGCCCCCCCUUACCCAGCUUCUACUCCUGGGGCUUCUCCCCGCCAUCGCCGUGUGCCCCUCAGCCCCCUGAGCUUGCCCGCGGGCCCAGCCGACGCCAGAAGGUCCCAACAGCAGCUGCCCAAACAGUUUUCGCCAACAAUGUCACCCACCUUGUCUUCCAUCACUCAGGGCGUCCCCUUGGAUACCAGUAAACUGUCUCCUGACCAGCGAUUGCCCCCAUACCCGUAUAGCCCCCCAAGUCUAGUUAUACCCACCCAUCCACCCACCCCAAAGUCUGUACAGCAGUUGCCCUCUCAGGCGUGCUUAGUGCAGCCCUCAGGUGGACAGCCCCCAGGCAGGCAGCCACAUUAUGGGGCACUGUACCCGCCUGGGUCCAGUGGGCAUGGGCAACAGCCUUACCACCGGCCAAUAAGUGACUUCAGCUUGGGGAAUCUGGAGCAGUUCACCAUGGAGAGCCCAUCAACCAGCCUGGGGCUGGAUCCCCCCACCUUCUCUGAAGGGCCUGGAUUUUUAGGGGGUGAGGGAUCAGUGAGCGAUCCCCAGGACCCUCAUGUCCUCAACCACCAGAACUUGACCCACUGUUCCCGCCAUGGCUCAGGACCUAAUAUCAUACUCACAGGAGACUCCUCCCCGGGUUUCUCUAAGGAGAUUGCAGCAGCCCUGGCUGGCGUACCUGGCUUCGAGGUGUCAGCAUCUGGGUUGGAGCUGGGACUGGGGCUGGAAGAUGAGCUGCGCAUGGAGCCCCUGGGCCUGGAAGGACUGACCAUGCUGAGUGACCCCUGUGCCCUGCUGCCCGACCCCGCUGUGGAGGAUUCAUUCCGUAGUGACCGACUACAGUGAGGGGACCUGACUGCCAUUCUUCUUCAUGGCCCUGCCCAUCA